AUGGGAAUUAGGAAGAUAAUGACAUGGAAUAAACUGGAAGUUUCGUAUUCUUAUGGAAUGUUUGUCGAGCAUACUGUGCCAUGUACCAAAGAUGUACUUAAUGUUUAUUACAAGAAAGGUUCAUUUACAAAUGUUACAAAUGUCUCACUGCUGGUCUGCCGAAAGUCUAGCGUCCAUUUGACCGUAGCUCUAGGAAACGGACUAAAUAUUUUAAUGAGAACUUUAAAUAGUUGUAUCUGGAACUAUAACUAUCGUGUUGUAUCUUUAUAUGAUGAGUCGGUAUUAGAUACACCUAAGACGACUGGAAAAACUUAUCUCUUCGAUAAGGUUGUGAAUGUGACCACUGGUCAGAAGGAAGAGAGGAAGAUGAUGACUGGUGUGCACACAGUUGUUGACACGUUCUGUGUGCGGUGCGGCUCACUUGUGGGAUGGAGAUACGAAACUGUUAAUGAGAAUAGCCAAAAGUACAAGGAAGGAAGAUUUAUCCUUGAGAGGUUUAAGGUAUUGGGACCGGAUGGAAGUGCAUAUUCAAUAGGUCAUGAAGAUUACGAAUCUAGAAGUGAAGAUGAAGUUUGAUCCUUUUGGACAUUUUCGUGAUUGAUCAACUUUUUUGAAAAUGUACAUCGUUUCCUUAGCCUUCUGGUUAUGUUCCUCGUUAUCAUUACUCAUUAGUGAACUCGAAACAGUUUUGCAAGAUGAUUUAUGAUGUUGAUCUUUAUUAGAAUAUUAACAAAAACGUGGAUCUGAUAGCACUCCUUCCAAAUGCUAUGAUGUUGGAUUGCCAAUUAGAAUUGUGCCAGUCGUUUAUGAUAU